AAAGCUCUUCAUCCAAAUUCCCAAUAAUAACCCCUCUUUCCUCUCUCCCGCCUAGGGUUGUCUCGAACUGUCCAAUCGGCCGAUCGUCAUGUCGUCGAUGGAAAGGAAAAUCACCCUCAAGAGCUCCGAUAAGAAGACUUUUGAGGUGGACGAGUUGGUGGCCCUCCAGUCGCAGACGAUUAAACAUGUGAUCGAGGAUGGUUGCGCCGAUGACGGGAUCCCUCUACCGAACGUCACGAGCAGGAUCUUAUCUAAGGUGAUCCAAUACUGCAAGAAGCACGUUGAGGCUUCCAAGUCUGAAGAUGGUGCUACUUCUGCGGACGAAAAGCUCAAGGCCUGGGACUCCAAGUUCGUCAAGAUCAAUCAGGCCACCCUCUUUGCCCUCAUGGAGGCUGCGAAUUAUUUGAACAUCCAGAGCUUGUUGCACCUGACACGCCUGACGUUUGCAGACAUGAUUAGGGGCAAAACACCAAUGCAGAUCUGUAAGAUACUCAAAAUUAAGAAUGACUUUACACCUGAGCAAAAAAAGGAGUUUCGCCGGGCGAAUCAACGGGAACCAAGAAUAAGUCCUGUCGUGCGGUUUUUAGUUUGUAUGUACGGAGAUUGAGGGUUGCUGUUUCCACCUGAUGCUUAUUAUUUAAAUUCUCUAUCUUAAUAAAAGUGCCUUAUGUAAUUUUCCCUAAUCCCUACCAUGCCGAAAGUUGUUAUUCUGGUACUCUUUACUCAACUGGGAUGUUUCAUUGGGAUCUUUCUAUGUUAAUAUUGAAUGUGUUGUUUACUUUCUGGUUAAUUGCUGUUUCUUUCAUUGUUCAUGUAUUUGAAUAUGAUCUUCCUCUACUUUUGAGCUGCAUAUAUUUGUCCAAUGUCACAUGGAUAGAAUGUAGCAUACAUACAGAAUCAUAGAAAGUACUAACGCAGCAUUAUUUUGUGCGCAUUAUAGGUGACUUUGAUUAUGAUAACUCAAAGCUAGUGAUAUGUAUCAUCCUUGAAAUCAUGCUAGGAUGAUAGAGAGAUAAAAUUGACUCUUCCAAACCAGGAUGCUUGCACAUUACAUUGAGUUGCUUAGAAUCCUUGGCUUGUGCAUAUUACAUACUGCUAUUGUAUUGCCUACUGGAGAUGUAGCACUUGUGGAUGCUUUAACUGCUUAGAGCAAAUGGACUCCGAACUUUAUACUUUCCAUGAUAACUGGAUUUGAAGUUGCGAACAAAGGGUGCUGUGGUCCAGGGAAACUAGAGGUGGCAGUGUUAUGCAAUAAGUUGAGUCCAUCAACAUGUGCAGAUGUGUCCAAAUAUAUUUUCUGGGAUGGUUACCAUCCCACGGAAAGAGAAUACAGAGUCCUCAUUUCUCAACUCCUGCAGAAAUACGUCAACAAAUUCUUUUGAACUUAGUUAUGCUGGUGUGAAUGGUGAUCACACCACUUUAAUUUACUAAUUAUAUAUAUCUUAUCCUCUAUAAUAAGGUCCCAGUGAACCU